CAUGGUUAAUACAGGUAGAUAAACAUUGACCUACAGCUCACAGUCGCCCUCAAAUAGUGAGCACACUACACAGAGAGACAACAGAUAGACCCAGUUGUUAAAUUCAAAGAGAGGUAAUAUUACUGCCCCUUGUGGGGCCAGAGAGUGCGAUCACAAAGACGAAAUGUAUUGACAAAAAAGAAGCCAAUUACAAUCUAGUUUCCAGGGAUUUGCCUUGAUUGGCAUUUGGUGGAACAAUACAAUUAUAGCUUUGUAGUUGACCGACCAAUCCCAAGUGUCAUUGCUUUUUAGUGGGCGGGCCCACAUCUUAUCAAGGGAGAGGGCCAAGGACUGGUCGCAAAUCGGAAAGAAAAAAUGGCGGCCGUGGCUGCAGAGCCAGGAGCUGCUGCGGCAUCAACAACAGAGGAAGAGCUCGAGUUCGCAUUGGAAUCAGCUGAUCAUGAGCGAAAUCUGAAUGCAGAUGUAACGCGGGGCUCUGCGCCUGUAAUGGACCUUUGUCACCAACACAGAGAUGUGGAUGCAGUUCAGGAAUGCAGUCCGGUCCAAAUGGAGAUAGUCGGAAGGCCGGACAUAGAAGCCGCGGGAAAAACCCUCUCUGCUCAUGGAGGUGAUGAGCACGACAAAAUGUGUUAUCUUAAUCGCGAGGGGGACAAUAUCGCGGAUAAUAAUUUUGAGGACUACAAAAUGAACGACAAUUUAAUGUCGACGGGCUAUAAAGAACAGUGUUCUCUUAAUUUGGAGGCUGUAAACGAGGUCAGUCCUCACGACACUCAUGCCUGCCUUUUGCCUAGCUCCAUCUCGGUCUCUGUCUCUCAGCCAUCAGUGGUCUUUUUGCAUUCUCUCCCUGCUCACCCUUCUGUAACAGAAACCGGGCUGUCCCUGGCUGAACCGGCCGAACCAGCAAUCGUGGGACGGAACCUAGGGUCCAUCGAUGAUUUUAGAGAACUGAUAAAGCCUUCCUCUGAAACAGACCCUGUGCCCGAAUCCGCAUGUGAUGGUCCUGGGUCAGAAUUCAUGCCUCGGGAGGAUGCUCUUCUUGAAUGCCCCCAACAUGCCGACCACCCCCAAUCUCUGUCGGUUUCAGAGAGUGAUUCAAACCUCGGAGCAUCUGUGGACGACGGCUUCGCUAGUGACUUUUCAGCCGUCCCUGCAGAACACUCACCCCAACUUCCUGUUGUGGGGGACACCGUCCUGUCAUCCCCAUUGCCGGUGGACUCCUGUUCCCCGCAGCGGAGGUUCGACUCGGACCUCUGCGAAGUUAAGCCUGAGCCCAAACCGUCGUUGCCCAUAUCAGAAUCAACAGGGUCACCGCUCGAGCUCCUCAUACCUGGUUCCGAGGUUCGAGUGUGUUUGGAUCACAUCAUCGAUGACGCAUUGGUUGUGUCAUUUCGUUUAGGCGAAAAGCUGUUUUCUGGCGUGCUCAUGGACCUCUCGAAGAGGUUUGGACCCUAUGGAAUCCCAAUCACAUUACAUCCCAAGAGAGAGUACAAGGACAAGCCGGAACCUAUGCAACUAAAAGCUGUACCUCCUACCGCGGAUGCCGAAAAGACACAUGGCAAAAACACCAACGACAACUCCCAAAAAGAGCCUCCUCCCCCAACAGCAGAGGGUCGUAAUGGCACUCUCGAAUCCACCCCCACGCCCACGCCCCCCGAAGCAAACCCGAACCCUAACCGACCCCCCCACCCAUGGACGUCGAAGCCUCCACCGCUGUUCCAGGAGGGCGCCCCGUACCCGCCGCCCCUCUUCAUCAGGGACACCUACAACCAGCCCUUACCUCAGCCGCCGCCCCGCAAGAUCAAGCGGCCCAAGCGUCGGCUGCUGUACCGCGAGGAGCCCACCUCCAUCAUGAACGCCAUCAAGCUGCGGCCGCGCCAGGUGCUCUGCGACAAGUGCAAGGGCACCGUCACCGUGGGCGGCGGCAGCGGCGGGGGGGACAGUAGGCGGGAGACGCGGAGAGGAGGCCCCGCCGCGUCCGAUUGUCGAAACGACGAUGGCAAACGGCGGCGGAACGACCACAGCGCAAACACUGUCUCCGGUAAGCGGCAUCGACCCGACGAGAAGGCCCGCGGCGGGGCGGACUCGGCCAAGCGGCAGAGCUCGGCCCAUCUCCGCAUCUCCUCCAACACUACGUCCUCGUCUGUGGGCUCGGUGAAAGGGGCAGCAGCCGGGGGGAACAGGGUGGUGAGGGGGGUGUCGAGCUCAGCAGGAAACGGCAACAGCAGAGUCAGCAGCAACCAGCUGAGCAGCGCCAAGAAGGUCCUGCAGAGCAAGAACGUCGACCACGUGGCCAAGGCCCAGGAGAAGAUGGCCAAGGUGCCGUGCCGGCAACGGGACACAGUGACGUCCUCCGGCGUCAACAACACCAACAGCAACAACAACAACAACAACAGCGGUGGAGGCGCCAAAACCAUGACCCGCUCGGCGGCUCUCCAGCAGGCCCACCAGCACCAGAAGGUGCACUUCACCCGCCGGCUGCAGCAGAUCAGCACCAGGGGAGUCGGCGGCAGUGUCGGGGUCGGCAGCAGUGGCGUCGGCGGUCCGCCCAGCAUCUCCAGCCCGCUGCCGCCCAGGAUGCGCCUGAAGCCCCAAAGGUACCGUAACGAGGAGAACGAGUCCUCUCCCCCCUCCUCUAGUAAGCCGUCGCCGCCCCCUCCCCCGCCCCUAACCCCACCGCCACCUUGCCUUGAGAAAGUGCCGACAACGAGCGUCGUCCACGUGUCGCUGGCCAAGGUCGCCGCCGCCGCUCCUCCGCCCCACUGCACCUCCUCCUCGCGUUCCUCCUCCUCCGCCUCCUCCACUACUUCGUCCUCCUGCUCCCCGCCCUCCUCUGGCUCGGCCUGUGAGCCCGCCGCCGUUGUUGCCGCUACCGUUGCUGCUCCCGCUUCCGUCGCUGCUCCUGCUUUCACCGCCACUGCUGCCGCUACCGUUUUUGAAACCUUGGGUCCUGCCAAAGUGACCGGCCCCGAGCCUGAUCCUAGACCGCCGGUGCUACCUGAGCCUCAAACCCAACCCAUACUCAAACCGCAUCCCCAGCCCCAGCCUGAGCCAGAGCUAGUGCCCGAGCCGGCCACGGUGACGGCGACAGCUGCAGAGCGCGGGGACUCGACGGUGGAGGCCGAGGAGCAGGAGGGCCGGGAGGAGAGGCUGGAGAUGCGCGGGAGUGGGAACAAGACGGCGGCGGCGGCCAGCGGCGGCGGCAACCUGCUGGUGUACGUGUCCCUUAAGCCUAGCCAGCCUGACUCCUCCAGCACCUCCAUGUGCAGUGUCGAUAGCUCAGACGAGGCCAAGUCCUCCAACUCCGAGUGUAGCUCGACCGAAACCUUUGACUUUCCUCCUCCCGGCGCUUUGUCCUCGCCCGUCCCUGUUGUCCCCGCCAUCCCCGUCGUCCCUUCCCCCAGCACGUCCUCCUCCUCCUCCAGCACAGUCGCCACCUCCGCCACUACCACCGCUGACGCCGUCAUCGCCCCCGACACUUCCUCGCCCGUCAUCGACGGCGACGAGAACAGGCGCGGCAAAUCUCACAAAGGCUCGACGUUUUCCAAAAACGUCUCCAAGUGCAUGACGCUGGACGGCAGGACCAUUUGCGUGGGGGACAUCGUCUGGGCCAAAAUAUACGGCUUCCCCUGGUGGCCCGCCCGCAUCCAGGCCAUCCAAGUGAGCCGCAAAGAUAACGGGCUCCUAGUCAGGCAGGAGGCCCGAGUGGCCUGGUUCGGUUCGCCGACCACCUCCUGCCUAGGGCUCACGCAGCUCGCGCCCUUCCUAGAAAACUUCCAGUCCCGCUUCAACAAGAAGAGAAAGGGCUUGUACCGUAAAGCCAUCACAGAAGCGGCCAAGGCUGCUAAACAGCUGACCCCCGAGUGCUGCAACAGUGAAGGGCUGUUGAUGAGUUCCAUGGCGUCCUGACCACACUGCCAGAGGAGGAGAGAGAGAGCGAGAGAGAGAAUGGAGGGGGGAAGAAGAAGAAAAAAAAAAAAAAAAUGAAGAAGAUAAUGAUGAUGAUGCAGUCUACCACGGGACAAAUGGGCCAAAACGGAGAUUAUUUUUAUUUUAAAAAAAGAUGACUUUUAUAUUUAUAAUGACUUGCUGACUUGCUCCAACUCUCCCCAGCUCCUUUGGUUAUAUCAGAAGAGAAAUUAAAAACAACCCUUAGAUCUUGUGAUCUUUUUUUCUCCUUUGUUGAGCGGGUGGUGCUGAGCAAGGCCAGAGAGACAUGAUCAAAAAGGCACAAGGCGCAACGACGACAGGCAUCAAUGCAAUGCAAUGCAAGCAAACGCGGAGGGAGCUGUGAAUAGUAGUGACACAGAGAAUAAUGUAUUACGAUGAAGCGUAUACCUGGUGAGAUGAGCUGAAGUGAUGGCAACUGUGAGUGAUUGAGAAUGCAUGUGUUUCGCUCUCACCUAAAUGCAAAGGGGAGGGAUGGGGGAGGUAGCCUGGCCUGGCGACUUCCAAGUCUCUUCAAGACUUCAGUCUGGCCAUGCAAACCAUCUACAACAGUUUUCUGCAGGAGAUGUAAAGGGCGUGUCUAGCUCACGUUCAUAAAAUGUCUCCAUAAAUAUAUAUAUUUUAAAUUUAACCUUGAUUUUACCAGGAAAAUAGACCCAUAGAGAUUAAAAUCUGUCUUUUACAAGGGUGUCCUGGCCACGUGGCAGCACAAGCUACAAAUUAAAAAAAAUGCUAGGCUACUGGUUGAAGCUUCAGUUCAUUAGAUAAUUUCUUCACUCACCUUUUAACUGAAAUGGUGUGUGAUUGCCUUUAACACACCCCAAAUCAUCGGAAAUGCUCAAAAUUGAUUGGUUCCCAUUAUUGGGGAAAUUUGCAAUGUUGUAAGAUGGUGCCUGGCCAAACUCAAAAGAGACUUGUGGUGGUGAUUGCCAGGCUAGGGGAGAGGGGGUUUGGGGUAAUCAGGUUUUUGCUGUGUGGAGUGACAAUGGAAUUUCCUUAUAAAUUGUGAUAUUUGUUCAUAUAGUUGGUGCUAUUGAAAGUGAGAUGGCCUUAACAAGUGUGCUCUUCAAAGUCCAUUUUGUGCGUUAUGUUUAUAUGAAAAAUUGGGGCGGCUUGAGUGGAAAAGUGGUCAAAAGCCAACUGCCUGGAUCAAAUGUGCACAGACAUAAUUAUGCAGGCUCAGCAGUGCACACCCAUUCUUUGUCAAGGACUGUUAAGGAAGACACUUUCCCCUCUGACACUUACAUCUAUACUUGGUCGCCGAUGUUCCCUUAUUCUAUAACCAGAUCACACAACUGGAGAAAAUGUAACAUGUAGUACCUAUUUGUAACGGUCCCAUGGUUGUAUGCAACAGCACACCCAGAUUAUCCUCUUUGCAUAUGGAAAAUCUCCUUCCAGACCCUGGGUGCAGUCCAUUAAAUUAACUCCCGUCCUCCCUUGUGCUUGUGGCCUUGUGAUAACGUCAUUGAGAGAAGUUUAAUUCAAUAUCUUCCAAAAGCGCAAUUCAAAUGUCAUUUUCACAUUUGCAAUCGGGAAGUUUAGUCCCCCAAAAGUGGUUGACAGUGCAGGUUGACAGUGGGGAAACCUAAUUGAUUUCUCCACUGAGGUGGGGUGAGGUGGGGCGGAGCGCAGAGAAGCACGAGGCCAUAAGCACAAGGUUGAAGACGGCAGUAAGGAUAAUGGAAAGAACAUCUUGUUUAAAUCAAACGCAGAGUGGUGAUGACAACAUGAGGUCUUAGGCAGCACUGGUCCAGCUGGGGCCUAUACUACAAAGCUGGUUCAGGUUAAGUUAAGAGGUAAAUCAUCUAAUACAAGAGCUUUUCUUCAGAAAAUGAGGACUGCAGGCUCUUGUAUUAGAUGAUUUCCCUGUUAACUUAUCCUGAACCAGCCCUGUUGUAUAGGCCCCUGAUCUAGGACACAUCAUAUGUGACAAGCUAUGGACAGAUACAUUUGUUGGGCUUUUUUUCCUCCCAACCUGUUAUUUUGUACAUACAUGCGUUUCAAAACAAUCGGAGGACUUUAAUUGGAGGUGGUGAUGAUUAUUAUUAUCAUUAUGAGAACGAUAGUUGUGGGGUAUUGUUCCGUUUUUACCGUGUCUGUAUAUCUCUAUGAAGAAAACAUUAAACAUCAGCUUUUGCCUUCGUAUGGGAGUGUUUGUGUUUGUUUAAAGACACACGCACACGCACAGACACACACAGACACAGAGACAGACCUGAUAGAAGAAAAUCCUGACGCUGAAUCUUUCACACUUUUUCACUUUUUCAAACAAACCAUUGAGCCUGAACAACCAUCAGGCACUGAGCCUGAAUACUAUCACCCC